CACUCAUUCAUUGUAUUGGAGGCCGAAACCAACACUCUCAGAGCUCCUCUUCCUCGUUCCUUAAGCACCCAAACAUCAUGCGACCUCCCAGAGGCGGCGGAAGUUUCAGAGGCUCCCGCGGUCGUAGUGGUGGUGGUGGUGGCCGCGGCUUUAAUAGGGGUGGUGGUCGCGGCUUUAAUAGUGGUGGUCGCGGUUUCUUUCGCGAUGAGGGCCCUCCUUCCGAAGUCGUAGAGGUUUCGACAUUUGUUCAUGCAUGUGAGGGUGAGGCAGUGACAAAGCUCACAAAUCCGAAGAUACCCCACUUUAAUGCCGCAAUCUAUCUGCAGAACAAGACUCAGAUUGGGAAAGUUGAUGAAAUAUUUGGUCCAAUCAACGAAUCCUACUUUUCGGUCAAAGUUAUGGAAGGAAUUGUGGCCACUUCGUAUUCACAGGGUGAUAAGUUCUAUAUUGACCCAAUGAAGCUUCUUCCUCUUGAAAGAUUUCUUCCGCAGCCAAAGGGACAGAAGCCAGCAUUUUCUCGAGGUGGAGGCCGUGGAAGGGGUGCUCCAAGGGGAAGGGGUUUUCCAAGGGGAGGGGGUUUUACGAGGGGAAGGGGUCCUCCGAGGGGUGGUAACCGUGGUGGCUUCAGGGGCAGAGGGAGAUUUUAGAAUAGCAUUUUGUAAUAGUUCUAGUGCCCUCCCCACUUUGUGUCAUCAUUUCUGGAUGCUUAGGGCUCACAAGAAUCACAACUUCAUGCUGAUUUUGGUGUUGACAUGCAGUUGAUGGACUAUUUAUUUUCCUGAGUAAUGUAGUUUUAUAAUCCUAGCUGCAAUUUGAACUUGAGUCGAGUUAAACGUAGACGUUUAUUUUGAAUUUAAGAAAUCUGCUGUGGAAAUGA